GCCACUUACGAAACAGGACGAGGACUGUGUGGCUUGAACAUCAAGGCUUUGUCAAUAGCGAUCUCACCGUAGUGAACUUUCGCCAUGGAGUUUGAUCAUGUGGCUCCUUUGACGACCAGCAGACGAUUUACAUGAUACAUCACUGAGGCUCAGGAAUCGCAGACCUGCAUGAAACUGCCGUACCUUUCAACAACAUUGGAUUUAUCCAGGAGCUAUGGUUAAGUGUUAGAAUGUAACUAUGAAGGCCCUUUGCUGUAUUUGCUCCGAUUUAUUUGUGAAUGAUGCCAGCAUCAGUAUCUCUGCCACACCAUGUGGUCACACCUUCCAUGAAGAGUGUCUCUUUAAGUGGUUGGCCACUUCCAGUACGUGUCCCAGCUGUCGAUCUCGUGUUAAUAGAAGUAACAUCAUUCACAAGUUGUUUUUUGACAUUGGGGAGGAGGGUGAUGAUGGCGCCAGUGACCCCUGCAAACUCACAAAUGAAAUCCAGGAUUUGAAACUUAAAAUAAACAAACAUAACAAGGAGAAAAGUGAUCUUGUUGAGGGAAAAAAUGCAGCAGUACAAAAAUGUCAAGAUAUUGAAGAAAGUAAGAAAGAUAUACAACGCUUACUUAAACAAGAGCAGACAACCAAUGCAUCUUUAAGGAAACAACUCCACUACUUCAAAAGCCAGGAGGAUAGUUUAAAGAUGCAAAAGGAGGAAUGUCGCAAGAUCAAGAAAAAAUUUGUUGAUCUUCAAAAUGUUGAGAGAUUGGUGACAGGAUCAGAGGAAGAAGUUCAGAACCUUGUUCAAAAUUCUGGAGAGAGUGGGUCAACUCGGCAAAUGGCUACAUACCUUGUGGUUAUGAAACGUGAGUUUCAACAGGUGAAAGAUGAAAAGAAAAAGUUAAAGUCUGAGUACGACAAAUGUAAAAGACUUCUUCUGACAAAAGAUCGUGAAUUAAGUCAGACAACUACGGAACUAUCAGCCAUAAGAGAGUACUAUUCAAAAUCAGAAGAUGAUCUGAAACAGAAAGAGAAAGAAGUUGAGUCCUUAAAACAAAAACUCAGUCGUUUAAAACGAGCAAUAGUUAGUCCUUGCACCACUGCAAGCAGUGCUAGUUCAAGCUUUGUUGAGACCCUGAUGGAGGAAAGCCCUGCGCCUGGGACUCCACUACAGCUGAAACCGUCGUCAGGGGAGAUAGACCUUGAGUCAAACAUGGCAUCACCUGAUUUUGUUAAACCUAGCCCUAAUACACAUAACCGAUUUCAUUGCGAAGAAAACCAGAUGAAAUUUGUUAAGAUAUCAUCAGCAUGCUCGGAAAACCCGGCUAAAAAGGCCAAGAGAGAUAUACAGGAUAUCAGCAACAUAACUGGUCUUGGUAAUUACAACAUUUUUAAGAAAAAAACUGGUGCUGGAGACUUUAACAGUGUUUUCCGUAAGGGAUACGAUGGACUUGGCGGACAUACCUCAUUCACUCAGCACCAGGGCCGACCUGGUGCAGCUAAACCUACCUCAAAGACAGUUUCCCGUCUUCUCAGUAAAAAUGGCAAAAUGAAAAAAGUGCCCCCUUUGCCAAGUUUGGACCAGUUUAUAAACCUAACUUGAAUUUCAUGUGAUAGCUUUCUCAGUAAUAGACUGACACUUUCUCUCUAUUUAGAAUAUUGAUACAGUGUAUAUCUGAAUCAUGUUAACAUGUCUGUUACACAGACAUACCCUACUAGGGGAAGUUAGUUAAGUGUUCCUCCUUCAUCUACUCUGUCCGGGGAUCCGUCAUCAAUUGUUUUCAGGAACAUCCUCUCCCAAAAAAUAUUUUAUAUGAUUAGCAAGUUUCAAUUUAUGAGUGGUCAGAUAUAUAAAGCUGUAGAGAGGGGUUGGAUUAAAAAGCUCUAGAUAUAGGGUUUGGAAUUCCUGAUCCCAUGUGAAAAGCUGUAGAAUCACCUUCCUAUGAUUUUUUUGAGGUUUUCUAUGAAUUUUACUGGUUUGCUCUAGAUAACAAUUUUUGAAGGACAGGAUUCAACGAGAAUUAAAAUUGUGUAAAGAAGGAGACAUAUCGUUUUCUAUAUCAGGACAAAAGGGUUCAAAUUAAUUGCUUCAAUUUUUAAUUAACAUCUUUUAAGCUACUGGGUAUGUUGUGGUAAAUGUUGUACAAUGAUUAGACAAUAAUGAUAACUUUCAAUAGAGUUCCUCUUCCCCAAGAAGCAUGAAUUAACCUUAGGGACAGAUUUCAACAUCUCAGCAAAAAAUCACUUCCUACAUCUUUACAUUUUUAGGUCAGUGUUGUUAUUUUUCUGAUCCGUCCAAAAUCUUUAAUAUAUUUGCUACUGAGUAUGUAUACUACAAUUGUACCAGGGUCUUUGAGUCAGAUGACCAUUAAAUUAAGGCUUAUGGGCCUCUUUGUUUCAUUUUCAAAACUUUGAAAUUUCUUUCAAUACUGCCUAUGAAAAUAAGUUUAAAGAUAAAUGUUUACAAGAUGCAUGGUGUAUGUAUUGUUACCUAACUUAUCCAGCAUGUGUAUUUCCUUUGAUGCUUUUAAAUAGAUUUUUAGUUCUUAAGGUAGGAAUUUUGAAGUUUUUAGAAACAGGUAAAAUAUAUAUAUAUAUAUAUAUAUGGCUACAGCUAUUCGAUGUCUUUGAAUAUCUCUUGUCAUGACAGCACUGAAUCAUAGCGGUUUGUCAGAUCUAUGGCUUAUAAUGAGUAUCUAUACCAGGUAAAGUACAUAUGAUCAUAGCAAGGAAGUUAUCAGAGUUACUUCCCUUCUGAUAUCUGGUAGAAGAUUUCGUCAGGUGUACAUGAACCGUAUUUGACCUAAUAAGGGCGCAGAGCGCGGGUAAUUGACAGUGAGGGCGCCCUUAUUAAGAUUAGUUGUUCUGAAGUUUUAUGAAACAGA